CCGGGUGAUUGACGGCCGCCUGGCUGCUGGGCCUGAGGCGGAGGACGGAGGGCCGGCCAAGACCCAUUGCGUUCUCCUCCUUCUCCUCCUCCGGGGAAAGUCUCCCUCUCUUUCUUCCUCAGGAUGAUGGGCUCCAGGCGGAGGCCUCUGGGCCGCUCCUACUCGGGCAACAACGGGCCCCGCUCGCCCUUCGCAGCAGCAGCAGCAGGAGGCGGAGGAGGCCAAGGCAGCGACGGAGAGGACAACGGGCCCCUGGCCGAGAGCCGCCCCGACCGACGGAGCUACCUCCUCAGCGUCAGGCCCGAGAACAGCUUACCAACCAACCGAUUAUCUCCCUCCAACUUUGGAAGGAGCACCUUCUGUGCAAUCAUUGCUCAGCUGACUGAGGAGACACAGCCUAUCUUCGAAAUCACGCUCAAAUCAUACGCAGUGUCUGAGGAUGCGGAUGCCAAAUUCACAUGCAUUGUGACAGGAUACCCACAGCCAGAAGUGACCUGGUACAAAGAUGAUGAAGAGAUGGACAGAUACUGUGGCUUGCCCAAAUACGAGAUCUUCCGUCAUGGGAACCGACACACACUACAGUUGUACAGGUGCACAGAAGAAGAUGCAGCCAUUUAUCAGGCCUCAGCAAGGAACAGCAAGGGCAUUGUGUCCUGUUCUGGUGUCCUGGAGGUUGGGAAAAUGACGGAGUAUAAAAUUCACCAGCGGUGGUUUGCCAAGCUUAAGCGGAAUGCUGAAGCCAAGCUGCGUGAGAUUGAGCAGAGCAGGAAGCGAGGGAAGGAGAAUGUGGAAAUAGACCAGCUGAGGAGAGUGAGCCCAGACAGAUUCCAGCGGAAACGCCGCCUGACAGGGGAGAUUGGGAUGCACUCAGGCACCUCCCUGUGGGAUAAAGAGGAGAAAGCAAAGGUGCGCAUUCCUGAUGGGAAACCACGAUUUGGUGAGGCAGAUAAAGCCAAGAACAAAGAGUCUCCUUUAAACACUACCUCCCUGUUCUCAAAUAAUUUCAUAACAGGACAGCUAGAAGGAGAUGUGAAGACCAAUGGGGACUCUUCUCUUGAGAGUGGAGAGGAAAAUGGGGAAGAAAACACUAAUGGAUUUCUCACGUAUAUCUAUGAGACGGUGGAGAUUAUGAAAGCCAAACCAGCAACCAAAGACUUUGCUGCUAAGAAGAAGAAGAAAGAGGAGAACACAAACACUCUGCCCAGUGCAAAUCAGGACAUUUCCCAGCAAGAGGAGAGAACACAGUCAAGGAUAAAUGCCUUGGCACAGAAAGAUACAAGGCCCAGCAGUUCCUUGUCCAAAAGUGUAUCAUCACUAGCAAACAGAGGCCUAACAGAAGCAGAGCCCAAAGACUUCCCAAGCCACAGUACAGAAAAGACCACAUCCCUGCCAUCCUCUAUGCCUUCAAAAUCAGAUGUAUACUUUUCUCUCAAGGACAUGUAUUUGGAUAUUGGAGCAAAAGCUGAAGCUGAACAGCAGACACCAGAACCAAAGGCAGGUAGAACUGGUGUAGGCCAACCAGCUGGGGAUGCUUCCAUUUUGGAAGAGUCCCUUCCCAUAACCAGGGCAUAUGCAGAGCAGAAAAUGGAGGAAAAUGAGGCCAUAAAGACAGAGAAUGCCAAAAUGGCAGUCACUGAAAUGGUCAGAGAUCUCAAUACAACAUUAUUCCAGCAUCCCAUCUGGCCAAUGGAGCCCAAGACAGAGGUGCAGCCUUCCCUGAAAAUAGGAACUGUGUCAGAGAUGUCCAAUAAGAAUGCUUUUGAAAGGGAUCUUCAGCAUCCAAGUCAAGCCUCAGAGACUGGCUUUAGUGUACAGCCUUCCUUUUCAAAGGAGACUGAAACAAGGAUCCUUGAUGGACAUAUCCGUGAAACGGACUUGCUGGACUCCCUCCCCAUUGAAGUCGAACCAGCCCCACAACCCCAGAGUCAGUCCAGGGAGCCAGGGGAUACGGACACAUCCUCAUCCUUGCAGGAGGCCAGGCAAAACUUGCAGAAGGCCAUCUUGGAAGAGCAGCUGCACACCCGAGGGCUUUGCAAGGCUGCUGAAGAUGUAAUGCCAGUCUCAUCCACUGCCUCCAAUCUGCAAACUCCAGAUUCAGACAUUAGAACAGAAAGAAAUCAGGAUUCUACGUACUUUGCAAUAAGAAAAAGUGUCCCUAGAGAAAUAGCGAUCCAGCAGUCUAAGAAGGAAGCUCUCCCCAAUACACAGCCGCAAGGGCCAAACGUGGUAGUGCCAAGCCAGGAAGUCAACCAGUAUCUCUCAGAGACUUCCCAGAAUCAUCCAUCAGUUUCCUUUGAUAUCACACAGCCAACUGAGAAGAAGCAUCUGCUUGUGGAAGAAGGUUUGAGGAGGCAGGAAAUUCAGCACAGACAAGCUCCAAGUCAUGGGAACGAGGCACUGGCUGGUUCCAGAUCACCAACCCAGAAUACUAGGUUUGAAGCAAGACCUACAGACCAGUUGGGUCAAGUUGUCCCUCAGACCGAAGCAGCAAAAACAUUUGAGUCACUGGGGGACAAUAGGCCUAGCCCACAAAUGGAUUCGAGGCUUGAGGAUGAGAGACUGCUAAAAGUAACAACCAGACCAUUACUUGUCUCAGAGGUUGCCCUAAAAGCCCCAACUCUUCACCAAAAUGUUCCAGAGAAACCUCAGCAAGUUCCAGUAGUGGUGAUGUCCCCAGUGCCCUGUGAACCCCAAGAGCCAGCUCUGCUUUCUCCAGCCAGUCCCAUUGAAAGAAACCAAUCUGUGACCCAUUUGCUGAGGGAUGUUAAGAGAGAAAUAGAAACCUGGCCACAAGCCACAGAGCAACAAGUCCACAGCACUGCUGCAGAGGAGAUCCAAGAUGAAGAAGAAUUCUCAACGCCUCCAGAGGUUGUAGAGACUGAGCAAAAGGCUUACCCUCUUAGCAAGAAACUUGAGGUUCAAGCUGGAGAAAGGGAGACCACCUCAGAGGACAAUGUAAUCCAGGAUUUGCAGCAACCAGAGACUGCAAUGGAGGAGGAUGAAGCAGUGGAAAAGUCACAGCACAAAAACCUUGUGUCUUCCUUGAAAAAUUAUUUACUUCUCCUCUUGAAGAUGACCACAGAGAAGGAUAAAAGCAAAAGCAAGAUGAAGCAAGAAACUAAGAUGGUGGAGCAGAAGAGCCCACCUAGCCUAAUCCCAAAGCAUGUGGCAGAUGUGGGUGUUGCUGGGCUAACUCCCAGGACAUCAAGGAAGAUUUUUGAGCGGGUUGAGAACAAUCAGCUUUUCCAAAGUGCAGAGAGCUUGCAGCUGACACCCAAGACUUCUAGAAGGCUUACAGGAAUGAUCAACCAAGAGCUGCUUGCUUGCAAAGAGACCCUCAUGGAUGAACCAGAGGUAGUCCCUUUGCCCUGUGUGCCAUCUAUUAUUGUGGGGAGUGCUCCCAGUGAACCAGAGGGUCCCUCAGAUCUGUCUCCCGAGGUUUCCAGUGAAGCACCUGUAGCUUUGCCUAGUGCUACCCCACAGGAGUUGGCAUCUGGGGCACGUCGUAAAAUAUUCCUGCCCAAAACCAAACAGGCUGAUGAGAUGGAAGGAUUGGCCCCAGAGAGCCAAAUGCCCCGGGGCAAAAGGGACAGCCCUACUGUGUCUCCACAACAAAGUCGCAGAAGCACCACUCUCCUGCAAACUCUGACCCCGGCUUCCCCUCCUGGGGAGAGGCGCUCGCCAACCCUUUCCAGGAAGAUGGCAACAUUAGAGGUGCCCAAAAUAUAUGAGGAACCUGCAGAAGAAACGAAGAGUGUGUCAGACAGCUGCUUAACACCCCUGGAAAGUCUUCAAGAGAACAUAAUGGAAAUGCAAGUAGGAGAAUCCAGGAAAGUUAAUGAUCCAUUUAAAGCUCCACAGGUGAUCCGAAAGAUCCGAGCUGAGCAGUUCUCAGAUGCCUCUGGAAACCUGAAACUUUGGUGCCAAUUCUUCAAUAUUUUGAGUGACUCAAAGCUGACAUGGUACAAGGAUGAGGUCCCUAUGGCAGAAGUCAAAAGGAGUUCAGGGGAUGAAGGACAGGCAGUCUUGGCCAUUGUGCAGGUCUCCCAGAAGGACUGUGGCGUCUACCAGUGUACCAUCCAGAAUGAAUAUGGUACGGACUCCACUGACUUCCUGCUGAGUGCUGAAGUUCUGUCGGGAUUUAUCUUUAAAGAAGAAGUAGAAGCCGGUGAAGAGAUUGAAAUGACUCCCAUGGUGUUUGCCAAAGGCCUGGCUGAUUCUGGUUUUUGGGGUGAUAAGCUCUUUGGCCGGAUCAUGGUGGAGGAUCUGGAUGCAGGCCAAAGUUUCCUACGCAAGGCAUGCCGUGCCCGGGCCAUUUAUGGCCUUGAGCCAGUCUUUGAGUCAGGUCACACAGGCAUCAUCAAAGUCCGCAACCUCAUCGCUUUUGGCGGACGCAGCGAGAGCACGGUGAUGGAGAGGAACUAUGACAUCACCAUCCAGGAGUGUAAGAUCCAGAAUUCAAGUCGAGAGUACUGCAAGAUCUUUGCUGCGGAAGCACGAGCUGUCCCGGACUUUGGGCAAGUGCCUGAAAUCAUCCCUCUCUACCUGAUCUACCGCCCAGCCAACAAUAUCCCUUACGCAACCAUGGAGGAGGAUCUGCCUGGCCAGUUUGAGCGCUACUGCAGACGAGAGCCAGAUGAUGGCAGCGUGGCCCCAGCCAACCUCUCUGAGGUUGGGCAGAAGUGCUGCACUUUCCAGCAUUGGCUUUACCAAUGGACAAACGGCAACAUCUUGGUGACAGACUUGGAAGGUGUUGGAUGGAAGGUCACCAAUGUGAGGAUUGCUACCAAAACAAAGGGGUACCAAGGCCUGAAGGAGAGCUGCAGUCCCAACUUGCUCGACCAGUUUGCUGCUUCUCACCAGUGUAACCACUAUUGCAAGCUCCUAGCUCUCCAGCGCCUGGAAAUCCCUCAGCCGCCACCAAAAGGGAAGGGCUCUCGGAGCCCCAUCAUGGGCAGAAAGACCUCCUCGACCCAGUCCAGCCCACAGCUCCCAAAGAAAGGUCUGGCCAGCCCCCAGGCCUUCAGGAAAGGUUCUGUGAGCCCCAAAAGUGCCCGUAAAAGCCCUGACAAUGGGGCAUUGGAGUCACAGUUGGGAGUGAGGCCACUCAAAGGAGGGGACAAUGGCAAGGUCAGCCAGCUGCAGUAAUGGGCUUGAGGAGUCUUCAUGCCAACGUGUAUUGCAUGGGGGAGGGGAUGCCCUAGUCAUGCCUGCCCUCCUGUGGCACCCCCCCUCUAAGUGUGAGGUCUGUUUUGUUGUGUUUGAAGAAGGGAAGGGCUGUGUUGUGCCUUGGGAGAAGGCCCUGCUGACACACUGCUCUUUGGGAAACUUGGAAAAAGGUCUUCGGGAUGUGAGAAAAAACAAAAGACUGUGAGAAGGCAGCCAUUUUGUCUUUUGUCUAAUCCAUACUGCCUCACAGAAUGGUAUUUGCAUGCCAGCAGUGAUGGCAUAUAAGGCAGGAGCCUGGCCCUUUCUUUGUGCGCCUGUGUGCACACUUUCUCUGUGUGCAGUAGAUGUAUUUUGACAAAUGCCACAGGCCACCCCUGUGGCUUUUCAAUGGGAUGAUGCUGAAGGCCAGACAACUGGACUGACAAGUGCAAAUAGCACUCUGUUUUGGACUUCUGUGCACACAUGACUCUGUUGCUGAACUCUUUCCUCACCAAAGUCUUGUCCCUCAUUUGUUUUCCCUUUGAUUGUGUCAGCCACAACCCCUGUGAGGCCUUUUCACCAUUGUCUGCUCAGCCCCGUUAACUGGCGUCCCUCCCAUUGGCAUUUGCAACAAGAGAAUGUUUCACCCACCCACCUCUGCUUUCAUGAUAUAACUACAUCUGAGGAGGCUGGGAUGGUGUCUGUCUGCAUCUGUAUUUCAGGACAAUUAAAAUUGUCAAGCCUGGCGCAGUUGAGCAUGGAGGGUUAGAGUAGGAUGGGCAGCUCUGGCCCACCCAGAUGUUUUUGACCUCAACUGCCACAAUCCUGACCCUUGGUGGUGCUGUCUGGAGCUGGUGUGAGUCAUAGGCCAAAGCCAUCUAGAGGGCCACAGUUGCCUACCCCAAUGUAGACCUGACUUUUCUUCCCAUAGUGCUACAAAAGGGAUUGAGGUGAAGCCCCUGUUCUGCAUGCAGAGGGGUCCAAGCCUCCUCUGUGUUACCUCUGGUUCAAACAGAGAGUGAGUGCUGGCUAAUGCCUCCUCCACCUGAGAAACUGCUGCUACUUACAGUACCUGCAAGAUAAUUCAGUUUCAUGUGUUCCUAACCUGCUCAUGACCUCACACAGUGUCAUCUCUCUCUGUCAUUGUGCUGGUUGGGCUAAUUUCUUGCUUAGUCCAGGAUCGAACUUUGCACAUGCUUCCCUGCCCCCCUCCCACUGCAUGCUUGUAUACACCCUCCUAUUUAUAGUAUGCGCCCUACAACCAAGACUUUCCUGGAGCUAUGGUGGCUGUCAUCAAAUAGCACUAUUCCAGAGCUUAGAAAAGUUACUUUGGGGGACUUCAGCUUCCAGAAUCCCACCAGACAGCUUGAUCAUUGUAAAUUGUAAUGCCUAUGUGGGGUUGGGCAGAAGUCCUCGCUUUAUUCAAACUGCCACACUAGUAAGUAAAUAAUAUGUUUCUCUUCUGUUCAUUGUCAUUAUCAUUUUCAUACACUGAGCACUUUUUAUGAACAAGGAGUUAGUAAGGAUACAGGAAUGGACUUUUCUUCCAGUUAGUAGGAUUUUCUGUGUGGUUUAGUACAUUUUGAGAGUUUGGAUGAUGAUUUGACAUAAAUACUCCUGUCUUAAAUCUUGAUGGUUACAAAGGCUUAAAUCAGGCUGUGGAGAAGACUCUGUUUUGGAACAUCAUACAACAAGACAUGUAGGGCCUCACUUUCUACUGUCAGAACAUCCUUAAUCAGCAUAUCUUGAGUUACAAACCUAGGUUGAUCUACAGCAUACAGUACUCUGUCUGCAGGCCCUAUCCCUGUGAGCCAUGUAUUCUAACAAAACAUCUUGAAUACUGGUGAACAACAUGUGGCCCUUCAAAUUGUGUGCUACAACCUCUAUCAGCGCAUUCACUGGUGAAGGAAGGUGGGAGUUGCAGUCCAACAACAUCUGGGAGUUGCAUACAAUUUGCUGACCCCUGGAUUAAAGAUUAGAUUCCCUGGAGAUAAACGUAUGGAAUGGGAUGUGUCAUCUGGAACCAGAGGGGCAGCAGAGUCAGGUGUGUAAACCAAGAUAUAGUGAUCAAGGGUCAAGAGAACAAGGCAGGGCACAACUUGUGGAAACACUGUGAACGGCUUUUCAGGCGUUUGGGUGUUAACGCACAUCUGAAAUCUGACCUCUUCCCAAAGUUGUGGUAAAACUGGUAACUAGAUCUGAACUCUUGCAUGUUCCCUGAAAAAACACAGAUGACCACACUAGGCUGAAAUACCUGUUCAAUUGGUUGUUGAAGGAUGAGUUAGUACAUCAGUAAAUUGUAUUGAUUCAGCCUAUCUAUAACAUUUAGAACCUACUUUCUAUCCAGCUAACUAACCCUUUAGAAUUGCAUGAAGAUUUAUUCAGGUGUUAAGUCCUUGUGAACUCAAUGACUCUUACUCUGAGAGAAGUGAGAAUAUAGUCUUCCUUCCACAUUUGGUUUUUCCACUUUUGCUGGGGCAGGAGUUGCACACUUAGCUGUGAAUGUUAAGGGCCAACAAUGUGCUGUACCCUAAAGCUUUAUACCUAUACCCAUUUACCUGGUGGUAAGCCUGUUUCUGAAUGGGAUUUGCAUCUGAAAAGGCAUGGUUGUGAUGUGUAUAAUUAAUGGAAGGGCAAACAUGAAUCAGGAAUCUAAAGACAUGAAAAGAAACACAGCCUUCUGGUUGAACCAAGAGUGAAAAGGAAUUUAGGACUCAUUACCUUGCAAGGAAAGGCACUUGAUGACUGGGAACCCACCUGAUAGGUCCCUGCUCAACUUUUCACCAGGAAACUGUUGUUGUCCUUCUGGAUAUUUCUGUAUCACAAAACCAAGAUAAGCAAACCACAGUGGCUGCACUGAUUGUUCUAGGAAGGUCUUGCCUGCGCAGGCGUACCCUUAGAGUUCUUGCAUUCUUGGUUUAUACCUCACGGUUACAUUUGAAGUUGAAGUUUGGCCCCUACUGGAUCCAUAUUGCAGUGUUUUACAUAUACAGGGAUAACUACAUGCGCCUUCUUCCACUAAAGAUAACUUGGUGGUUUCUCAUCAUUCAAGUGGGGUGUCUUUUUUGCACUGUACUUGCUCCUUCUGUGGCAGUGACAGUUUACUAAGUACAGGCUGUAGCAUUGUAGUGGCCACAGCACUUCUGAAGAUAAGUGACUGAUGUGUUGAAGUCCAAACUUUCCCAAACACCAGAGAAAGAGAGCGACCCGUUGGAUGUUGUCAAAGUGCUGUGAAAGAGAGGAAAAGACAAGAAAAUAAGGGCCGCAAACUCUACAGUUUCCAAGCAUCAACGUGGCUCUCUAAUAUUUCUCUCUAGUGUUUGACGUGCAACUUAAUGUUUCAGCAAAGGGUAUCUGACAAUUUUGUACUCUUGACCUAGUCACACAUAAUCAGAGAGACAUACCUAGCUGUCCUCUUGUAUGACUACAACUGCUAAGCAUUUUGCUUACUAUCCCCAAUGAAAAUUUUGAUAAGGAGCACCCCUGUUCUGUAGGUUGGAGUCUGGAAGUUGUAAUGUUGUUCUAAGUAAGGUGUGCUGGAAUAAGGACCAAUAAAGUAGAAUACGAGACGCGCGACCCCAGUGCUGAAGGGAUCAGAAACCUACAUUGUCAAUUCAGGGCUAUUUGACUUUGAUGGGAAUUCUGGUACCUUUCUACUUCAACCCUGUGCAUGUUUACUUGGAAGUAAAUGCCAGUGUGUUUAAAGGGAUUUAUAGUAUGUAUAGUGUCCUUUUUAAAGUCCUGUGAAUCUAAACUUUGUUUUAAAAGACAAGUUACUUGUUCACAGUCAAGGCAGAGAGCUUGAAUGCUUGAAGGCAUGGGCUGCUUCUAACAUUAAAAAUAAAGGCAUCCCUGUGAGAACAUUUGGUAUAGGAUGACAAGUGGGAUUCUUUUAGGUAUGGUAAUCUUGUGAGUACAGUUCUGCAUUCCCUUUGGCGCUAUUGAUGGGCAUUGUCACCGUAGGAAUGUUGGGUCCUGCUGGUUUCUAGCCCUCUAUCAUUGGAAGCAUAUUUGAGAUCACAAAUGCAUCCACUUUUCCUCAUGGAAGUAUCUCAGGAAAGCAGUUAGUCAUCUCUUGAACACCAGCUAUAAUAAAAAGCUGUUCUUGGUGUUGAUUCAAUAGCCAAAGAUAAGAAUAAGAAGCUAGGAGUAAGAAGAAAGGGAGGCAUCAUCCAUUCCUUGUCUUGUGUCAUGGGCCAUGACUGGUUAUUUUGGAGAAGUGAAGAAUGGUAGAAUACCUGUCUUACUUGCAGAGUGUUCCAGAUUCAGUCCUGGUAUCUCCAGGUAGGUCUGGAAAGACUGCUGCCUGAAACUCCUAAGUCUAUUGUACAAAACUGAGCUAGUUCAAGCAAUGGCCUGAUUUGGUUUAUAGCUUUCUUUGUGCCUGUUUUGUUAUGACCAUAUAUCUUUUCCUUUUACUUCUUUGGCUGCUUUAUUGACUGGAUUCAAUCAUUGAAAUAACUUCUUCAGUUUCUAUAGUGGUUUGGCCUGGAAACUCUGAAACCUUCCAAUAUUGCUUGGUUGAUUUUAGCACAGUGGAAGGAAGGAGUAAGUUAUGGGGGGGGGGGGGGGGAACAACUCUUCAGGCAGGUUGUAGAUCUAAUAAGAAUCAGUACUAUCCAGAAGAUCACCAGCAGCAUUCUUAACCAGUGCUUAGCACCUGUUAUGGGCCUUCAAGCUGAGUUUGGCUUAUGGCAACCCUCUUCUAGGCUUUUGUUGGGAAGAUUUCUUCUGAGGAGAUUUGCCUUCCUCAUAGUGAGAGGGUGCAACGUGCCAGAUUUACCCCUGGGUUUCCAUAACUGUGAGGAUUUAGAUCCUUUUCUUGGAGACCUUGUCCAACACUAAAAUCAUUACGCCACACUCCUUUGGCAAAUGUUAUACUUUCUGGGAAAUUAAUGACUUCCUAUGAGCUUUUUGAAUCCAGAGCUUGGGAAAGUUACAUUUUUAGACUAGACUUGCCAGCAUCUCCAAGCCAUAAUGACCAAUAUCCAUGCUGAUGGGAAUUCGAGGUGCAGUUGUCCAAAAAGCAACUUUCUCCGAAAGCUGUCAAACCUGUAGUAGCUAAAUACAAGGAGAAGUGUGAGUAAAAGUUAUUCCACGGAGCAUAGGUGCCAUCUGGUGGCCACUCUCAUGUCUCCGAGGAAGAAUUUCAGGGAAACUGAAAAACGGAGCAACAGGGAAUUGUCUAGUCACAACUUGUGGUGCUUCAGUUUUCAGCAUUUCAAAUUUGCCACACUUCUCCAGAAAAUAAAUGAAAACCUCACCCACAUUGCAUAGCUCUCCCAGUACACUUGUGUAGUUGAGGAAGGUUGUGUGGAGGUGAGCAGUAAGCAAAGCUUACUGAAUGGAGUUUCUUUUAUGUCAAGGUUGUGGGUGUGGGUAAGAGGACAAAGCAAAGGCAGUCUUGGCACUGCUGCAAGGAAGGAGCUUCCUUUGCUUGCUGAGAGGGGAAUUGUAAGGGGGAAGAAGAAACUGGAAUCUUUCAGGUUUUGGUGUAGCUGGAAGGGAGUCACUUGCUUCCUUUGGUGGGAGAGGCUAAGCAAGUGGAGUCUUGGGAUCUCUAACCUGGAAAAGGUCAACUCUGAUCUUUUAUCUUUUAAAACCUCUUUAAAACUGAUAGUGGAUUAAGUAAAACUGCUAACUUUGUGGCUACUUCACAUCCUCCUAAUCUCCAGUGGUUCCCUAUGGAACUGGCUCCCACUCAUUUAAGUCAAUAUCAAUUUACAUCACAAAUCCAAGAACACAAAUGUCAGUUGAGACUUGCUUGUAAUUCCCAUGGCCAUUGUUCUGUCACAAAACAAUUGUGUUACUUGUUGCACUGCUUAUUCUUUUUCUAUCGAUUGAUUGUUUUUUGGGGGGAAAGAAAAUGCAUUAGGGCUACUGUAAUAAGAGAAUGGCAUAAGACUUGAAAAUUUUGUGUUAAAAUGUUUCCAAAGAUGCCCUUGAAAAUAACGUUUGAAAGUAAAUAGAAACCAUUAACUUGUUACACCAGUUCACCUCAUUCAUUGCAAUACUCUUCGCAUAAAACUUGGUUACACCCUCAGUACACGCCAGAAAGUAAGUAGCACACGUAAUUAUGCUACUUGCAACUCAUACUUUCUGAGGCCUAGUUAAAUGUAAACUUAAAAUGAACCAUUGAAUUUGACCUUUUCUUUUUUAAAAAGAAAAAAGAAGAUCCACAUGUCUGUGAUGCCAUGAUGGUUUAAUGCCAACCAAGAGGCAACUGAGAUGUCAAGGGGUGGCAAAUACACAAUGGCUUUUAGACUAAACUUUAAAGGAGGCAUUUAAGGUGCCAAAGAUCUGUGAGGGAAAGUGUUCAGCAACUUGGACAACUCCUUUAGUUCAGACUAAAACCUGGAGUGGAUUUUUCACUCCACUGCCAUGAAAACCACCAGCUGCUACUGAAUGAAGGUACAGAAUUAUCAUAGCAGAAUUGGAUGUGAUAAGCCAUAACACGCUUGUCUUCUACUACAGCUCUGUUCCAUGGUUUGUUUUCACCUCAUCCUUCAUUUUCCCUCUGAUGCCCGGAGGUGGCACUGUACCCUUUGCCAAUAUCAGUACAGCCAAGAGUUUCAAAAGGAACUGUUUGCUCACCUGGAAAACAAGUCUUUGCAGCAAAUGUAGGCAGAAUAGCUGGUCGAGUUGAGGUCAGUUCUGCUGAAGAAGUCUAGACAAUCAAUCACUUCUCCUCUGGGUACAUAGAGGAUACCUGAGAGAGGUUGCAGAGGCUGUGAAACAGGCUCACCCUCAGAGCUUGGAAGGUCUCUAUUUUGGGAUCAGGACUCCCAGAACUCCCCUGACUAGCAUAUAGGCAUGUCAGCUGCUGGAAUAGGGGAAUUGUUAUCCCAAAUUAAUAAAUAACAUUUCUGCUCACAUCUUCUCUUGCUGGUUGACAUUGUAUUGGAUUGUUCUGCAGGAUCAGCGACACCUUUCCAAGGGGCUUGUGUUUCUUCAUGGGGCCUGUACUUAUGUCUGUGGGCUAUGCUAGUACUGCUGAAUGGGUAACUCCACUUGCUGGGCUCUAGCACGGCUUUGCUGUCUGCAGCAUGUUGUGUAUUCCUGCAUGGCAGAAGGUUAGAUUAGAUGGCCCUUGAGGUCCCUUCCAACUCUAAGAUUCUAUGACUUACCAGCAAUCUCCUUUGCUAAUUUUGUUAAAGAUUUCUUCCUUCCUUUCUUUCUGCACAUCUCUCCUGAAAGGCCAGCAGGUUUGCUCAUCAUUCUAUUCCCCUAGAAAGACCCUUUACAGAGGGAUGAAAGCCCUCUAUAGGAAAGAUUUGUUUGCUGCAUGGACCAAUCCUUACUUUCUGAAGUACCAAUGGCUAGAAAGUUGGAUUGGGACUUGGGAAACCCAGGCUCUAGUCCCUACUCAGCCAUGCUGUUUGCUCCUCAGUUUGCUCGCUCAGGGCUCCCCUCUCCUGUCACCUCUGUUCUUAAACUUGACAUGUCUUUCCAUUAACCUUUGUAACCUCUGCUGCUCCCCCAGCUCCAUAGAAAACACCCAGACUGUACCUGCAAGGCAUGCAUUGAUCAGGGAGACGCAGGCCCCGGUGAACAAAGCCCUCAGGACAAUGCUGGAAAAUUCGCUUUUGCGCUGCGGUGCCAUGGAUGCUGAGAAUAAAAAAGCAAGGUAGAGGUGGAUGAGCAGGAUGGAUAGGAAUGCAGUACUAGGUGUAGAUUUUCUUCCACACACUUAUCGAGCAGAUCUUUCUGGAUAUCUGCAAUGCCCUUGCUGAGGAUAUUUAAAAAGAGCUGGAAAAGUCCUUUUUUUUGGAUCACCUCAUUGGCCAUGCUGGUUGGGGGAUUCUGUGGUCCAAAAAUGAAUUUUUCAAGCCUUUUUAGUCAUGGAAUUUCAUGCAGGGUGGAACCUAGCUCAAGAGGCAGCCUAUGACAUUAUGCUGCCUGAGGCAAUGGACAACAUAGCACCACCUCUAUUCCAGUCUCCUUCCUUGGAGGUCUUUAAGCAGAGGCUGGAUGGCCAUCUGUUGGGGAUGCUUUGAUCUGGAUUUCCUGCAUGGCAGGGGGAUGGACUGGAUGGCCCUUGCGGUCUCUUCCAACUCUUAUGAUUCUAUGUUUGACUGGACAGGCAGUUGGACCUUUGUUCAAAUUAGGUCAUGGGAUGGUCUUCCAGCACAGCUUGCGGGCACUAGACUGGUUUAGGUGAUGCAGGACAGGCAGUCCUGCCCUCCAAGAAUGGGGAAAGGCCAGGGAGCUCAGAAGGAACAGCUUGGUAGUUGCCACUACUGCCUCUAAUAUAUACUGCCUAUGAUGGUUGCCUCACUCUGCCUGAUGGUAGGGCCAGCACUGCUGAACUCUGGACCAGGAAGGAAACCAGCUUUACUUUGCAAGGCAUCAAGGUAUUCUCCCUCAGCUUAUGUUUCCUCCCAACCUCAAGGCCUGCGCAAUCCUCCCAGUGGCCUGACAACUCACUCAAGCCACCCAGCAUAAUCCCGAUGGAGCUCAGGUUGGCAAAUCCACACAGGGCAAAGGUAGUGAUGGUUUCAGCCCUGGCCUGGGGAAUAAGAGACAAGGUGAUCAGUGCAAAGAAAACAGUACAACCAAUCCCCCUUCACCCAUUCUAGUAAUAGCUGGUAUCUCUCUGUGCCUUUCCUUGUCGAUGAGCACAGCAGGGAUGUUUGGGGAAGAGAAGCAUAAGAGCUCAGUUGCAAAUGAGCAUUUCAAGAAAGAGCUUGGAACAAAAUAUGCAUUUUGGAAACAACAAAUUGCAGAAUCAUUCAGUUAACAUGGCUGCUGACCAGGGGGACUCGAAGCUGUAUGAUUUGUGGAAGGGAGAAGUCAGAUCUGAGCCGCACACCUAGGGAAAAAGCAGCAGCUGUACAGGCAUUUUAAAAGGAGGUACAGGGUAUUUCCUUCUGCAGUAUUAAAAAAAAUACACAGAGUAAUGCAGAGGAUGAUGCCUGUGUAUAUCUCCACCAGGAUUCUAGCAGAUGUCAGUAAAUUUCCAUUGUGAAACUAGGCUUAAAACAGCCAAAAACUAUGACCACAAUAUCAUUCUGACCUAAUUUCUUGACUGUUUGGUUUCUUUUCCUCCACCUCUUGCCCUCACCUUUUUUGUACAAUGAGUGGCCUGAUGAAGUGUUCUGGAUAAAUCAAAGGCACACACCUUUUUAUGGCAUUUUGGUUAGUCCUAAUAAAGCUAUUGCAUAACUGUCUUUUGGCUCAACGGACUGGGCUCUAUGCAAAGUCUUUGUUUCCUAGUGUGACUCAGUACUAGCUCAUUUAAUACCUCCAAAUUCUGUCAUACCCAGUGAGCUAGAGUAUGAAGGGCCUAGUUCUUUGAGAAAACAUUACAUUUUGCUUUGUUGGUUCUAUGUCUGGCAAAUGCUAGGCCAUUUCAUUCCAGUGUGGCUCACAACACAUUGGAUUUAGCAGACAGAUAACAUACUUCCAAUAAGCAGGGCUGCAUGAUAAGGACAAUCCCAGGGCCUGAAAUUUCAGGGCCAAACCCUGAAACCUAGGGAUAAGCCGUGUGAACUGAGGUUGAAGUCUAAAUGCUCUGGUGGACACUGCUUUCUCAUUAUUGUUUGUUUCUGUACAGUUCUUUCUAGUUUCUCUCAAAUGUCACCUAUUCUGUAUUACUUUCCAGACUUUCCUGAAUAAAUGUUGUGCUUGUUUUACUAUGAA